UUAGGCUCUUUAUGCGCAUGCGCGCCCGUACUCUUCUCCCUGCGGAGCACGGCUGAGUCAGUCAGUCUGUCGGAGUCAGUCUUCCGAACAGGCUACGCCGGCUACUUCGGAGAACUAGCUGCUGGAUUAUUCUGUGUCCCCUCCCACUCUCCCGCCCCAAGUCUCUCUUCACCCUUCUCCCGCCCUUGCUCGUGCAGCCAUGGCGGAGUCAUCGGCGGCCACUCAGUCUCCGUCAGUCUCCUCGUCGUCCUCCGGGGCCGAGCCGUCAGCGCUUGGCGGCGGCGGCGGGAGCCCUGGAGCCUGCCCCGCCCUGGGGGCGAAGAGCUGCGGCUCCUCCUGUGCGGAUUCCUUUGUUUCUUCCUCUUCCUCUCAGCCUGUAUCUAUAUUUUCGACCUCACAAGUGGGAUUGAGCUCUCUUUGCUCUGAUGAGCCACCGUCAAAAAUUAUGACUUCCUCCUUUCUUUCAUCUUCUGAAAUAUAUAACCCUGACCCUACAACACCACUUGGAAGUGAAACAUUAGGCAGCCAUCUUGUAGCUAAAGACGGAAAAGAUCCCUUGGUUCUUCUAGAUAAGAAAACUCUGGACUCACCUCAGGGGACCAACAAGGACAGAGUAGACACUCCGGUUUCUCUUGCAGCUGACAUUCCUUGCAGCCAACCUUCUAUUCCAGACAGUUUCCCAGAACAACCUACUUUUCUUUCAAAGGAAACUGAUCCAACAGAAGAGUGGGUAGUUAAAAACCAAGAACCCAAGAACCCAAGUGAAGUUCCAAGUGGAGAGGACAGAAGUGCACUGGAUCUUGGGCAGCGUAAGGCAGAACACAUUUGUACACAUUCCUUGUCUCCAUCUGAACCUGCAGUAGCCAGUGUAGAAAAAGAUUCUCCUGAGUCACCAUUUGAAGUAAUUAUUGACAAAGCAACAUUUGACAGAGAAUUUAAAGAUUUGUAUAAGGAAAGCACAGAUGAUUUGGGUGGCUGGGCAGCUCACGGUGACAGAGAAUCCCCGGCAGAUUUAUUGGAAAUGAAUGACAAAGUGUUUCCACUGAGAAAUAAAGAGGCAGGGCGUUACCCAUCCUCUGCACUGCUCGGUAGACAAUUCUCACACACUACAGCAGCACUGGAAGAAGUGUCUAGAUGUGUGAAUGAUAUGCAUAACUUUACUAAUGAAAUACUGACUUGGGACUUAGAUCCCCAAGCAAAACAACAGGCCGAUAAAUCACCUUGCACCACAGAAAGUACAGGACUAGACAGGAGUGAACAUCGCUCAGAAAUUCCAGUUAUAAGUCUUAAAACAAGCCCUCAACAGAAAAUGCCUGUAUGUUCUUUUAAUGGGAGCACUCCCAUUACUAGAUCCACAGGUGACUGGACAGAAACAUUUACAGAAGGAAAACCUGUAAAAGGCUACCUCAGUUCCACAAAAGAAGCUGGUGGCAAAGGUGUACCAGACAGUUCUCAGCCUAUCUCAGGCUCUGGAGCAGCCACAGUGGAAGUGACUUUACCUGACCUGAGGGGUACCUGGCCUAACUCUGUGCUAGGGGAAGUCACAGAGGUUGAUAGUUCUGGGGAAUCUGAUGACACAGUAAUAGAGGACACCACAGAAAAUCCCUCAGUUAAGAACAACAAAGUUUUGCCAGAAAAAUCUGACUCCCUUCCAAGUGCUGCUGCAAAAACAAGUGAAAGGGAAAACAAAGAGACUACCAGUCAUGAAACUGUGAGGAGUGAAAUAUAUGAAAACUCUGAGAAGCAGCAGGCCCAUGCAGAAACUCCUACUCAGAGGAGUCUGGAAGGCGAGAUGUCUUCACAAGUACCUAAUAUGCUGAAUGAAGUCAUACCUGAAAAUCUUGCUAUGACUGACACCACCAAAGUUUGCUCAGCAGCACCUCCAAGUGUUCUUAGUGAGACUGGAUUCUCACUAACUGUGCCAGCUUCUGCCAAGUCGGAAUCUUUGCUUGGAAAAAAUGUUGAAGAUACAGAUGGUUCCUCUCCAGAGGACUUGAUGGCUGCCCUCACAGGAACUGAGGAGAAGGGGACAGUGGAUAAAGAGAAAGGUGAUGUUUUGGAAGCAGUGUUAGAGAAGAUAGCAAACGUUAAAAACACUUUGCCUGUGGAACUCUUGCAUGAAAAUAAGCUAAGUAGUUCUGAAACCAAAAAUACUAAAAGCAAAUACAGUGAACACAGCAGAGAAACAAAUGGAGGUGCCCCCAAGGUGUCUCCCGACUUAGAGCAGGAGCAGCUCACCAUUAGAGCCAUUAAAGAAUUAGGGGCUAAGCAGGUGCAGGCUGAAGGAAUGUCUCCUGGAGGAAAACUCAAGCCAGCCUUUGAUCCACAGUCUGGGCCACAGAAUUCAUCUGACAUCCUAGAACACACAGAUAUCAAAACUGGAUCUGAUCUUGGGAUUCCCAAAAAGCCUACUAUCAUCAAAGACACUAGAAUAGAUUCUAUUUCCAGCCUUACCAAGACUGAAACAGUUAACAAGCAUGUUCUAGCAAGACUUCUCAGUGAUUUCCCAGUGCAUGAUCUGAUUUUCUGGCGAGAUGUGAAGAAGACUGGGUUUGUCUUUGGCACCACCCUGAUCAUGCUGCUCUCUCUGGCAGCUUUCAGUGUUAUCAGUGUGGUCUCUUACCUCAUCCUGGCUCUACUCUCUGUCACCAUCAGCUUCAGAGUCUACAAGUCUGUCAUCCAAGCUGUGCAGAAGUCAGAAGAAGGACAUCCAUUCAAGGCCUACCUGGAUGUGGACAUUACACUGUCCUCAGAAGCUUUCCACAGCUACAUGAAUGCUGCAAUGGUGCAUGUCAACAAGGCCCUCAAACUCAUUAUUCGUCUCUUUCUGGUAGAAGACUUGGUUGACUCCUUGAAGCUGGCUGUCUUCAUGUGGCUGAUGACCUACGUCGGUGCUGUUUUUAACGGAAUUACCCUUCUGAUUCUCGCCGAGCUGCUGGUUUUCAGCGUCCCAAUUGUCUAUGAGAAGUAUAAGACACAGAUUGACCACUAUGUUGGGAUUGCCCGGGAUCAGACCAAGUCAAUUGUUGAAAAGAUCCAAGCAAAGCUUCCUGGAAUCGCCAAAAAAAAGGCAGAAUAAACACAUGGAAGCCAGAAGUGCAACAGUUACUAAAACGCCAUUUAAUAGUUAUAACAUCGUCACUUGUACUAUGAAGGAACUUGCUCAGUGUCAGCUAGAGUUUGGUUCCAAGUUGUUUGUUCUUUUUAAUUUGGUGUUCUCUCCCAUCCUCUCCCUUUACCCUCAGUACCAAGCACAAGAUGUGUUAGACUGAAAAAAAGAACUGAUCUCUUAGAACCCUAAAGAAUAAGGAUUGAAUCAGAUUGAUAGAAUUAAUCAGACCAUAGUGGUUGUGGGGCUUUACGUGUACUCUAAAGGAAAAGAAAAACGUGUCUAGGUCCUCUCUCCAGUUUCAAGGACUGUUACAGCUCCCAUUUAUAAUUGUGCCCUUAUUUUUAAGUUAGGAAAUAAUGAUUAACUUAUGAGUAAAUAGUCUGGGGCAAGAGUGGGAUUUCUUCAGUCCCACCCUCCUGCCUUACACAUAAGCAGCUACUCUUCCUGCUCCUCUUCGUCCUUAAUGAAAGAACUUACAGGCGAGAGGUGAUUCCCUAUUCCCAGAAUGCCACCUGAGAAGUGCCAGGGGUAGGGGGACAGUGGGGGGAGCAGUCAGCGGGAGGGCAGCAGCAGCCACCCUCUGCUGCUCUUCCUAGGGAAGGAAGGGCUCUGCCAGCUGGGAGGGCAGUGCCCAAGCCAUUGGUCUGGGAUACCAGUGUGAGUGUUGGUUUGAGAAAUCAUUCCAGAAUGUGCUUUUCCCUCUUUUCCCUGCCCACCUUACCUCAAGUUUAAUAAAUAUGGUUGUACUUUUCUUAUUAUGAAGUAAAUGUCUGUAACUGCUGUACACUGCUAUAAACUUGUUAAAGAAAAAUAAUCUGCAUGUGGGCUCUCCGCCUUGAGUUAUUGUAAUCCUAUCUCAGUCUGUGGGUAAUGAGGUACAAGGACAUGAAAAGCCUUCCUUCUCUGUCUUCCCUGCUGCUUCCACCUGUGCUGUGCAGUGCUUUAGCCUGAGGACCAAAGCCCCACUGCCUGCCAGUCAUGUGUCUGUUGUAGUCCAGAGGCCUUGGCUGAUAGAGGAGGUACAUUUCUAGAAGCAUGGCAUGCAGCUGCUUGGAGUCAGUGCAAUCUGAAAGGAUCUCCAUUCUCAAACAUAGUGAUGAAAUAGUUCCUACCAUGAUCCACAGUGCUCUCUGGAGAGGGCUUUCCAGAAGUUUUAGGUUGUGGGUGGCCAAGCAAGCCCAGGUGAUACUGCUAAGACAACCGGCUUACAGUGGCAGCCGUGGGGUGUCCAGGGGUCUUAGUUUCUAUCCGAGACCUUGCAUCUCCCCUUCAGCAUGGAAACCCAGUCAACUUGAAAACUGGCAUCCAAGAUUCCUUCAGUUCUCAGCUCUGCCCUAUUGUAAGGAAGUAGGAGCUGGGGACUUCAAGGUGUUCGAUGGUCCCAAAGUUCUGUGACUGUAAAAUUAGGAAUGGGUCCUCUUCCCAAUCCUUUUGGGAAAUGACUUAUAGAUUUCCAUAGAUAGAAUGCCUUACUCCAUUUUCUUAAGUUUCUUUGCCCCUGUACAUUUUGAAUCCUUGGUUUCCACUGUAGACAACACUCCAUCACCAUCCUCUGCCCUCCCAGAAAGUAAAUACACCGAUGGUCUUUGGGGUCUCCCAACCAGGGACCCCAUUCUGCACUGGAAGCCUCCACACCUUGCUCUUUUCUCUGUUGCUGCUGUGUUAAAGUAAUUGGAAAGAUUUCUGUGUCACAUGAGAGAUUUUUUUUUUUUUUAAGAAAAGUGUAGAGAUGAGAAACUACUAAUGAUAUUGUGUGCGUGUCUGUGCGUGCAACAUAAAAUACAGUAGUACCGAGGAGCUCUCUGGUCCCUGUAAAACUGCAAAUCGAUGUAUUAAUUAUAAAUAAAAAACACAGUGACUGUC